UUCAAUUAAGGAAUAAUGUCUAUGGCCUUCAUUUUCCUCACAACUCUGCUGCUCAAUCUCUUCCCCUUCACUACAUCUGAUAAUUUAUAUUCCUGCAAAGACACUGGAACCUACAAAAAUGGCAGCAGAUACAAAACUAAUCUCGACAACAUCUUAUCCACCCUCCCCACAAAAAUCGACACCAACGGCUUCUACAACGCCUCCGCCGGCCGAGCUCCCGAAACCGUCUACGUCCUAUUCCUCUGCCGAGGCGACGUUCCGGCGAGCAUAUGCCGGCAGUGCGCAAGCUACGCCAUUGCCGAAGUUUUCAAAUUCUGCCCCGACCAAAAGGGCGCUAUCGUCUACUAUGAUCAAUGCAUGCUGCGAUAUUCGAACAAUGUCAUAUAUGGAACCGUGGAGACUUCUGCGGAUUACAUGUUCCCAAAUCCAUUUGUCGCGACUGCUCCGGAUCAACAUAAUCGCGAUCUAACAAGGCUGCUGGAUAGUAUUCGUCGCCAAGCUGCGUAUAGUGGCUUGGGCAAGAAAUACGCUGCGGCGAAAAUAAAUGGCCCUGAUUCUCGAACAAUCUAUGCUCAAGUUCAGUGCACGCCGGAUCUAUCGCCCGACGUAUGCCUAAACUGCUUGAACAAUGCCGCGGCGCUAGUUCCACAAUGUUGUUCGGGGCAGAUAGGGGGCAGAGUUCUCUGGUCAAGCUGUAAUAUUCGGUAUGAGGACACUCCUUUUUUGUAUGAAGACGGUAAUGAACAAAAUCCGCAGCCUUCAUCAGGUGUCGCGGCGAAUGAGCCACCGGGGAAGUCGCUUAAAUGCGACUGUGGAAGAGCUCAAGCUAUUGUCGUAGCUGCCUCAGUUUCUGCAUCAGUGAUCCUCGCUGCUGUUAUCGGCGCGUUGGUUGUAAGGAUGGGGAAAGAAGAAUCGAGGAGGCGACGUGAGACUGGCAAGCGCGACGCCGUUGAAUCUGUUCAAUACACUUUCGGCGCAAUUAGAGCUGCAACAGAUAAUUUCUCGGAUGAGAAGAAGCUCGGGCAAGGUGGAUUUGGAGCUGUAUAUGAGGGACUACUACCGAAUGGAGAGAAAAUUGCGAUCAAAAGAUUGUCGAAAGAUUCAGCACAAGGAUUGUCUGAGUUUAAGAAUGAGGUUGUGCUUCUAGCGAGGCUUCAACACAAGAAUCUGGUGAAACUAAGGGGUUUCUCCAUGGAAGAAACGGAGAAGCUCCUCGUUUAUGAGUAUGUCACGAAUGGAAGUCUAGACAAGUUUAUAGCCGGUAGCAAAGAUUCGGCAAAACAUCUCGAUUGGCAUACUCGAUACAAGAUCAUCGAAGGAAUCGGCAGAGGACUUCUGUAUUUGCAUGAGAAUUCGAGACUCAAGAUCAUUCACCGCGACAUAAAGCCUGCUAACAUACUUCUAGACAAAAACAUGAACCCUAAGAUUUCAGACUUUGGAAUGGCAAGACUAUUCGAAAGAGAUGAAACCGAAGCAAAAACAGGAAAGAUUGCAGGAACAUACGGAUACAUGCCUCCGGAAUAUGCAAGACAUGGUCGAUUCUCUGUAAAGUCCGAUGUCUAUAGCUUUGGAGUUCUAAUGUUAGAAAUUAUUAACGGACAAAAGAGCUCUAAUCAUAUUCGAUGUGAAGAUGAAGUCGGCAUCACCAGUUUUGCAUGGAAAAAUUGGCGCGACGGGAAGAAUGUUGACACAGUGGAUCCAUUGUUGAGAUCAAAUCCAGGAUCAAUGGGUGCCAUACUGAGGUGCAUUCACAUAGGUCUGUUAUGUUGCCAAAAUGAUGCUAACAAGAGGCCAACAACAGCAUCUGUUGCACUGAUGCUCAGCAACUUGUCGAUGAUUCUGCCGGUGCCUUCUGAGCCGGCAUAUUAUUUUGGUCCUGCAAAGAGCAGCUCUUCGGAUCAGUUAACCUUGCAUAUCUCCGAAAAUGGCGCCUCCAUUAGUGAGUUGCAUCCUCGUUAGGUUUGAUGAUCAUCGAUGCAAUGCAGCUGAUAAAAAUGAAUUUUAAGGAUGUAAAUGAAACAUUGGGUUAUACGGUACAAUGUUCAUCACUCGCUGGAUACGCGUCAUUAAUUUAUAUAUCCACAAACGGGAGUCCCAACACGGAUUU